AUCUCAGUUCACAAAUCAAAGCUAGGGUUUUCUCAAAAAGAUCUCUUUAUUUUAUUUCAUUUCCCCCCCUCUCUUUAUGAGAUUGCAAUGAUGGGGAAGUUGCAGAUCUCGUCUCAGAUCCUCUUGCUCUUGAUCGCUUGCUCCACGACUCAGAUUUGGGCUUCAGAUGCAUUAUUUUACGAAUCAUUUGAUGAAGCAUUCGAGGGGCGCUGGAUCGUCUCAGAGAAAGAUGAAUACGGAGGUGUAUGGAAACAUUCAAAGAGUGAGGGACAUGACGACUAUGGCCUUCUAGUGAGUGAAAAGGCAAGGAAGUAUGCCAUUGUUAAGGAGCUGGAGAAGCCUGUCAGCCUCAAGGACGGUACCAUUGUUCUUCAAUUUGAAACAAGGCUUCAGAGUGGGCUCGAGUGUGGAGGUGCAUAUCUUAAAUACCUCCGACCUCAGGAAGCCGGAUGGAUCCCCAAGGAGUUUGACAAUGAAUCCCCCUAUACUAUCAUGUUUGGCCCUGAUAAGUGCGGGUCCACCAACAAGGUCCAUUUCAUCCUUAAGCACAAGAAUCCCAAGACUGGGAAGUUUGUUGAGCAUCAUCUCAAGUACCCACCGUCAGUCCCAUCUGACAAACUUUCUCAUGUCUACACUGCAAUUCUGAAACCUGACAACGAGGUUCGUAUUUUGGUGGACGGUGAAGAGAAAAAGAAGGCCAAUUUCUUGUCUACCGAUGAUUUUGAGCCGGCUCUCAUUCCACCCCAGACAAUCCCCGACCCUGAGGACAAGAAGCCUGAGGACUGGGAUGAGAGGGCCAAAAUCCCGGACCCUGAUGCUGUGAAGCCCGAGGAUUGGGAUGAGGAUGCUCCGAUGGAGAUUGAGGAUGAGGAAGCUGUUAAGCCUGAAGGGUGGUUGGAUGACGAGCCUGAGGAAAUUGAUGACCCUGAAGCCACCAAGCCUGAAGAUUGGGAUGAUGAAGAGGAUGGAGAAUGGGAGGCACCUAAAGUUGACAACCCAAAGUGUGAAGCUGCCCCUGGUUGUGGUGAGUGGAAGAGACCGACCAAGAGGAAUCCAGCUUACAAAGGGAAGUGGCAUGCUCCUCUUAUCGACAACCCUAACUAUAAGGGAAUCUGGAAGCCACAGGAGAUUCCCAACCCCGAGUACUUUGAGCUUGAUAGGCCUGAUUUUGAGCCAAUUGCUGCUAUUGGAAUUGAGAUUUGGACGAUGCAGGAUGGCAUUUUGUUUGACAACAUUUUGAUAGCGAGUGACGAGAAGGUGGCGGAGUCGUAUCGGGAAAAGACUUGGAAGCCGAAGUACGAAGUUGAGAAAGCAAAGCAGAAGGAAGAGGAGGAAGCCGCAGGUCUCUCGAGUGGGCUUUCAAGCAUUCAGAAGAAGGUAUUUGAUGUUCUUUACAAGGUGGCAGACAUUCCUUUCCUGGAGAAAUAUAAGAUCCAGAUCAUUGAUCUCAUUGAGAAGGGAGAAAGCCAGCCGAACAUCACAAUUGGCAUCCUCGUCUCCAUCGCUGUUGUCCUCUUGACCAUCAUCUUUAAGAUUCUCCUCGGUGGGAAGAAGAAACCUGUGGCACCAGCAGCACCCGCUCCAGAAACCAAGAGCCCCGACGCUUCUGCUACCGAAGCAGAAACGAGCGCAGCUGGCAACGAAGAGGAUGAGAAAGAGGAUGCUUCGGCUCCCCGCCCCCGGAGAUCUAGGAGAGAAACAUAGUCAUUAAUUUGUUAGGGUUUUUUCAGUUUUGAACUUUGGUCAUUUGUUAUGCUACAUCUCCCCUGCGUACUCUUUUUUUCUAGCUAGAUUUUUGUAUUGUUUUUGAGUGUAUAUGGGAUCUGGAUUCUAUCAGUCCAGUUCUUGUUAUGACGAUCGUUGUUACGGUUUACCUGACAAAUUUUACGAAAUCUUUUACGCUCCUUUAUCUAA